AUGUUCGGCCGUCUCUUGGUGGUGGUCAUGGCUAGCCUGCCACUGGCAGAGGGCAGUUGCAUGUCUGAGAACCAGAAGAACUUGCACACGUGUGCGAAGGAAUGCUCAGAGAAGGACGCCAAGGCGGCGUGUGUUUCCGAUUGCCUCAUCGACUUAAAGGUGCCAUCUACUUGUGCCUCCUGUCUCGGAACGCAAGUCGACUGUGGCCGACGAUUCUGUGCAACAGAGUGCAGCUCCGGCAACUCUUCGAGCUCCUGCUUCGCGUGCCUGGAUACGAAGUGUUCGGACUGUAGCAAAGACCUGAACUUCGAGUCUCACUCGCUUUCGGACGUCGGAUCCGAUUUUACAAAGCUCUUUCUGGGUGCCACCGGUGAGGAGGCAGAUGGCCCCGUGAGCUUUCUAGCAAGACAGGCAGGGACCUGUGCAACGGGAGGUUCCCUGCUUCGUGGCUGUGGAACCCCUUGUUACAGCCAUCCAGAUCCAUCUGGCUGCUAUGCCCGGUGCUCCAUCAACUCUUGCUUCAGCGGAUGCUCGAGUUGUGGCAACAACCACUGUUUCGCGUCUUGCCGGAGAUCAGUUGCGAGCUUUGAAUGCGCAGUCUGCAUCAGUGGCCAUUGCGGAGGCUGCCAAGUUAGCUACAGCUCCAUGAUGAAUCAAGCUCCGGUGGACAGCCAACCUGUUUUACCGUGA